AAUCCGUACACAAGUCCUACAGUCUAUAGAUGGAGGACUAUUCCCUAGGAAGAGUGUAGCACCUAUUGGAGCAUCAAAAGACAAACCACUGAGAUCCAUUAAUCCUAUUCCAAAUAUAGAACAAGAUAAUCUUCCUCAAUCUAGUGGUGGGACUGAGCCUAAUGACAAUAUUCAACAUCCUAUCUUACCACCUCAUACUACAAGAAGAUCCUCACAACAAAUCAUCCUUCCAUCAUAUAUAAAUGAAUAUCAAGGAUACAUAUCUUUAAUGGGAACCUUUACUAAUUUUGUCAUUCAUCUCAAGAGGGCACAAGAAGCCAUGACUCUCACUUUGUACUUGACUGAACCA